AGUUUGCGUUUCGCUCAGUAUCAAAAGGUAGCUCAAACGCGUCACUUGGUAGUAGUACGGUGCGGAGUCGCAGCCAAAUUGUGUUGGGAAGUUAAGGAAUUGCAAAAUCAUCUGGUUUUACGAUAGUCAACAUUUCUAUAAUUUUAAAAUCGUAUGUUGCUAUUCUUAAGCCAGUUUGAAGACUUAUUGACACAUACACAACCCCACAUAUUAAUCAGAAGCGGUGCCAGUAAAAGCAACCUGCGUACAAAAUGGCAGCGGUCGAAGUGCGGGAGGGCUACAAAUAUUAUGGUAGCAAAUCAAAUCCAAAAAUAAUUCUCAAUUAUUUAAAUAUGAAUGUGAUGCGUGGUUCUAUAUAUGGAUUGUUGGGUGCUUCAGGUUGCGGAAAAACAACACUGCUCUCUUGCAUCGUCGGACAAAGACAAUUGAAUAGUGGAAACAUACGUGUACUAGAUACGCAACCUGGAGAUAUACCCGGUUCACGUAUUGGAUACAUGCCACAAGAAAUUGCUUUGGUUGAAGAAAUGACAGUUACAGAAACUAUUUAUUAUUUUGGCCGUAUUUAUGGUCUAACAGAAGAAAAAAUAAAAGAAAAAUUUAAAUUACUUCGAGAUCUCCUACAAUUACCACCUCCAAAACAAUUGGUAAAGAAAUGCAGUGGUGGUCAACAACGUCGUGUGUCUUUUGCCUGCGCUAUGAUACAUGACCCUGAACUAUUGAUCCUAGAUGAACCGACUGUAGGUUUGGAUCCUAUGCUGCGUGAAAAAAUUUGGGAUUUUCUUGUCGAUUCCACAAGAAAUAGCAAAAUGGCUGUGAUAAUAACAACACAUUAUAUUGAAGAGGCAAAGCAAGCAAAUUGCAUUGGGCUAAUGCGAAAUGGUGUUUUACUCGCUGAAGAUACUCCAAUAGCAAUAAUGCAGAAGUUCGAAUGUAAUUCCAUCGAGGAUGCAUUUUUAAUUUUAAGUCAGAAGCAAGGUGACUCCGAUGUCAUUGUUGCAAAUGACGGAAAUAAAGCAACUGGAACGUCUACAGUCAUGAGCUCUGUAGAAGUAAUUGAUACAGAAACGAAUAGAGUACCAUUAGAGAAGCCUUCCCUUAAGUUUGUCGACGAAAAUGAUAAUAAAACAGAAUACUUGGAACAUGAGAUGGAGAACCGGAAGAAGAUAUGGUUUUCAACUAGAGGACGUGUAAAAGCUUUAAUGACAAAAAAUUUUGUACAACUCUUUCGACAACCCAGUGGCAUCAUUUUUAUGCUGAUGUUUCCAUUAAUUCAAUUAACUUGUUUUUACUUGGCUAUUGGUAAAACUCCAACUAAUCUCAAACUAGGAAUUGUGACUAAUGAAAUCAACGAUUAUACAAAGUGUUUUAGUAAGAAUUUAACAACAGUUUAUAAUUAUAAUAAUACUUGCGAGUUUAACAAGAUUUCGUGUCGAUAUAUAACUGAGUUGGGCGAUGGUAUCGCAGAGAGGGUUUACUUUAACUCUGUAGCGGAUGCCCAUAGUGCAGCAAAAAGAACAGAUGUGGUUGGUUACAUACACUUUCCACAUAACUUUUCAGAAUCGAUAAAAUCCGUACUUGAAGAUGGCAGAUUUGCAGAUGAUAGCGCUUUUGUUAACGCAGAAUUGUCGGUCCAUAUUGAUAUGACAGACCAACAAAUCGCAUUUUUUGUUGAGCGGAAACUACGUGAUAAAUUCGAUUCCUUCAUGAAAAACGUUUUGGCAGAUUGCGAUUUACCAACAUCUUUAGCUAAUAUACCCGUACAAUUUCAAGAACCUGUUUACGGUUCCUUUGACAUUGAGUUUCAGCAGUACGUUGCGCCAGGUGUUGUUAUGACUAUGGUAUUUUUCUUGGCAACUCUUAUGACUGCUGCAGUUUUUAUAUCCGAACGUAUGGACGGUGUGUGGGAUCGUACAUUAGUUGCAGGAGUAUCUGCCACGGAAAUGUUAUGGGCGCAUUUGCUGACGCAAAUAAUAAUAAUGGCAUUCCAGUCAUUUGAAGUUAUCAUGUAUAUUGGUAUUGUGUUCGACACCUACAACAAAGGGGAUUCAACAACAUUGGUGUUUUUGCUAACAUUAACUGCUUUCUGCGGAAUGCUUUUCGGUUUACUUAUUUCCGUUUAUUGUAAAUCACACACGGAAGCAAAUUUCGUUGCUACUGGCGCAUUUUAUCCCAUGAUUAUUCUUUGCGGUCUUCUAUGGCCACUGGAAGGAAUGCCUAAGUCUUUACAAGAAAUUGUUAUGUUCUUCCCGUUUACGAUACCUUCAAUAUCAGCUCGAAAUAUAAUAGAAAAAGGGUGGUCUAUUACUCAUGGUCAGGUAUACAAUGGAUUUAUUGUGAUGACAGCGUGGAUUGUGAUCUUUUUUACAUUAUGUAUCAUAGGCAUUAAAAGAAAAUCCUAAAUUUUUAAGUAUGUAUUAUAUUAGAUAUAAUUACUAAAGUUUAGAUAUAUGUAAAUAUAGUAAAG